ACUAAUUAUUUCCACAGGUAAAUUGAGUCACUUUGAGAAAAUUUCUCUCACUAUUUGUUUCUUGUUUUUCUUUUGUCUCUCUCUUUCCACUAAUUUCUAUCCAUCAAAUGGUUACAAUGAUUGUGACAAAUUUUCCCCGACUCUUGAUCUCUAUAAGUUGUUUUCUUUUAACAAUUAACUUAAUUGUUCCAGUAUUUUGUCAAACAACAUCCGAUUCCACUGAAUUAGGUGAAAAUGAUUCACUCAAUGCUUCAUCUGUUGAUUAUGUCACCCUAAGAUCUGUCAUCAUAAUCUUAAACGAAGGUCUAUCAACUCCACCUUCAACCUUUUCCCAUAUUGAUCCCUAUCUAAGACCAGAAUUUUGGCCUGACGGUGUUGAACAAUUAACCGCAACUGGUAAAUACAAAUUAUACAAUUUAGGUAAAUCAUUUCAUUCGAGGUACGAUCGUUUCCUAACUGAUAGUCCGCGUGAGGUUCAUGCCCGAAGCGGAGAUAAAGACAAUAACAUUGAAGGUUCGCUUGUCUUUCUUCACGGAGCUUACAAAGCUCGUGGUCAUUGGAAAUAUGGAUCAACCGAUUACCUUCCGAUCGCCGUUCAUACAGUGCCAACGAAAUACGAUUGUAUGCUUUCAACUCAUUGCUAUUGUCCAAAAGUGAACACUGUUAUUCAAGAUCUAUUAAGUUCAAGCGAAUGUGAAAGUUUGAAAAAACAAUUUGCCUCAACAUUGAAAUUGGUUGAAUCUAAAACUGGAUUAACCUCAUUUUGGAAUCAAAUUGAUUAUAUUGAAACAGUUUUGUUACAAGUAAUGUUAAAAUCAAAGAUUCCAUCAUGGAUCACCCCUGGUGUAAUUGAAGAUUUUAACGAUUUAGGCAACAGUUUCCAUUCAAUGGCGACCGCGUAUCCCGAUAUGUUGAAGCAAAUGGUUGGACCGAUUUACUCAGAACUAACCGAUAGAUUGAAAUCAAUUAUAAAACCAACACCUCGUUCAUCGGUUCAACAAAAACCUCGACUUCUAGUUUAUUCAACGUUAACACCGAUCAUGUCUUCAGUUGCUUACCAUUUAGCCGGUGUUAACGGGGUCAUUCCACCUCCAGGGUCGAUCUUUAUUCUUGAACUUUACGAGGAACCAGGAUUAGCUUAUGCCGUUAAAAUGUUUUACUGGAACGAUACCGAUUCUCAUCAACCCAAUCUCGUUUAUCCAAAUUUCGUUACAUCAUCAUCAUCAUCAUCAUCUUCUUCUUCUUCUUCAUCAUCACCAUCAGUACCUCUUAAUGAUCUCUUAAAUCAUAUGUCCACCCUAAUGGAAUCCGAUUGGCCAGCCUAUUGUGGACUUGGCGGUUCGAUUGAUACUGGUCUUGAUACACUCUCAAUGAUCUUAAUUAUUAUUCUUAUUGUUGUAUUUGCUUCAGUUGCAUUUACUAUAAUCAUGAUUGUGAAAAAAUCACGAUCAGGUUAUGUUAUCUUCAAGUAACUUUGAUGAUUUAUCAUCAUCAACUAUCAAUAAGUGUCAUAUUUUUUUCUGUAAUCGUAAUUAAAUUGCUCCUUGGGGGUUGAUUUUGAUACUUGUUAAUUUACAAUAAUUCAAUUAUUAAAUUGGUAUUAUGAUUUAAUACUACAAACUUUAA